GACAGGUGCCCAACAUUACCUCUCGUCCAAUAAACCGUAAUAGUAAUAUUAAUAGCAAGAAGGUACGGUAUAUACAUGUCGAAAUGUCCUCAUGCACAACGGGUCUGUUGUGGCUAGCAGUGCUAUUUGUUUAUUAUGGAGCAACACAUGGGUCGGAUAAGUUUCUACUAAACGAGAGACUGACUUCAAGUUCAAGCCACAAACUAGAUACUGGAAAGAUAGGACUAUAUAAAGAAAACAUUCCAUUGGAUAAAAAGAUAGAGUUACAUAGAGAAAACAUUCCACUGGAUAAAAUCGGUGAAUCUGAAGGCAGUUUUCCUGUUGUCUGCUAUCUCUCUAUGGGAAAUGAAUUCCCAGGACCCUUUCCACCAGAAGCUAAUGUUACUUUAUGCUCACAUAUUAUCCUUCUGGGUACAGGAAUUCAAAAUGCAGAAGUCGCACCAAGUCAACAUUCACAGAUAUAUUGCAAAUCAGUUGCGGCCAUGAAAAAACUGAAUCCUAAUCUGAAAGUAUUACUCUCUAAUGGGGGAGAUUUUGGGUCUGUUCUGAUUUCAGCAGAAAACAGGACAAGAUUUGCAAACAGUAUGAUUCCAUAUUUGACCAAUUACCCAUUGGAUGGUUUUGAUCUAGAUUGGGAAUUCCCGGCAUGGCCUAUUGGAAAAGAACACCCGGCACAACAACAGCAUAAUUACAGUCUUUUACUACAAACUGUGAGAGAAACACUUGAUAAUUAUUCAGCAAAAAUGAAUAGAUCUAAAUUUUUAUUAACAGCAGCAGUAGCAUCAACUACUCCACUUAUAAACAAUUGUUAUGAAAUACCAGAAUUAGCAAAAUAUUUGGAUUUCAUCAAUUUGAUGACGUAUGAUAUUCAUGGUUUCGGUCUAACAACACCGUUUACAGGAUUUAACAGUCCAAUGCACUCAGGAAAAAGUUUUCUAGACAGGACCAUAUUCUUAAAUUAUAAUUUGGUUUCGGCAGCAGAAGAAUGGGUUAAAAGAGGAAUGUCUAAAAAACAGGUUGUAGUUGGAAUUCCUGCAUAUGGCCAUACUUUUGAACUGCUUGAUAAAAACCUCCAUGGUGUAUACAGUCUAGCAGUCGGCAUUAAUAAAACGUUAGGCGAUGAAAUUAGUUACGAUAUUAUUUGUGGUCUGUUAAAAAAUGGUUACACCGAAGUUUGGGACGAGGAUGGUGAAGUACCAUACGCUUAUGCUGAUAAAUCAUGGAUUUCUUAUGACAAUGAAAAAAGUGUAGCAAUAAAGGCAAAAUGGAUAAAAAGUAAUGGUUAUGGAGGGGUGAUGACCUAUUCUUUGAGUGUUGAUGAUUUUAUGGGAAAUUGUAAUGGAAUCAAAUGGCCGAUUCAUUUGGCCAUACAUAAUGCUCUAAAAGAGACCUAGUUUUUGCCUUAUUGAUUUGAAGAAAAAAAAGCUCAAAAGCUAUUAUUUUGUAUGCAGUUUUAACCUCUACACAUUCCAAGAGCACAUUCAGUCGGUAAAAAUAAUAUGUCGACCAUGUUUAUUUUUUUAUAUAUUUUAAAUAAUUUUGUUUGCAUGCAACAUAACUCAGGAUGCUGUCUUUUGCUCUUUAUAAUGUUGUCACCUUGUAUGACAUCAAUUUGUCUGUUGUAAACAAUUGUUCAUAUGUACCCAGGGACAAAUAUCAAGGGCAGCACAAGUUUUACAAAUCUUCAACUAAUCAUAAAUCACUAAAUGAAAUUUUGUUUUGGCUAUUCAUAAACACCCAUCACAUUAUGGUAAAUCAAGAGCUGUAUAGUGCUAAUGACCAAGCACUACUAGGUGCUGUUACAGACACUUCUGUCUCCUAUAUCACCCUGGGUGAAAUGAUUAGUACGUGUAUAUUGAUAGCUUAACCCAACCCACUGAAGGUUGAUGAAGCCCACUUGGGCUUUUGAAAAUUAUUUCAUUCCAAAAAUAGGGCACUAAAUGAUUGUAAUAUAUUAUAUAAUAAUGGGUAAAUGUGGAUUUUUAAAGUGUUAUAUGCAAAUCAAACGCCAUAAUGUCAAGAAACAGCCUAAUAAGCUUAAAGUUUCAAAUCAAAAUAUCAUUCAUGAAAAGUUUUUUUGCCAAGGGGUUACGUACUGGUAACUCAUUUUAAGAAUUUUAAUGACUACUUAUUACUUUAACUUUGGUAAGUACUGUAUGUAUAUACAGGCAUAGUUAUCUUAUGGUUAAUGUUUGAAAAAUGUUAAAGGACAAUAUUGGUGCCAGUCAUUAUCACAGCAUAGACAAUGAAUGUUAGGGGGUGGGGUUUAGGCCCAACGGGAAUCAACAUAGGCCCUCACCCGAAAUUAAUUAGGCCCACGCCAUUUUAAAUAGGCCCUAUUUUUUGAAGAUCUGAUCUUAUUUUUUAAACGUAGGCCUACAAUGUACGUUAAAUCCUUGUAAGUUUUCGGUUAUGUCUUGCUUAAUAUAUUGUAUCCACGUGACGUCACACAACAACUUUUGGUCUUCGAAGGAAUUUUUAGUGAGCAGAAAUUCAGCCGUGUAUCUGUUAUCACUCGUCACAUCAGUCAGUUAUAUAGAGAGAUGACUCAUGUUUUCCUUUGGGGUUCGUCACUUCCGAUUCAGGAAACCUGUAUUACUCAGCUAUCAUAGCAAUGAUCUCUGUGUUAAUAUUAUAUUUGGAAUAUGUUUAACCAGCUCUAUCACCUAUGGGAUAAUGACUGGCACCAAUAUUGUCCUUUAAGAAAAUGGUAUAUAUAGAACAUAUGAUUAUAUUCUAAUAAAUGAUUGUUGUGUUUUAAUGUGCAUUAAUCACUACUUAGAACAAUAUUAUUGGGAACAAUGUUUGUAAUGCAUAAAUUAUUUUGUUGUGUUUUAUUAUUGACUUACAGAUGUAUAAGUUAAGUUUGAUAUAUAGGACUGACAAGGUUGUGUGUAGAUACAAUAUGUGGCAUUGCAGGGAUGAUCCAAGGGCAAUAAUCAGUUCAGGAACAAUCUUAUGCUACCUCUUCCUCCAACAUAAAACUCACUAAAGCAUUCAUCAAACUUCUACUAUAUAUUUCUCUAUUGUAAAUCUAUGUGCAAGUCUAAAGAUGAUAAACAAAUUCAUAUACAUGUAGUUGAGUAUAAAUUAUGGGAUUGAUUGUAUAUCAACCUCUCACUAACUACAAUGUUGGACUAAUCAAUGGAAGAUGUGAUUGCUGACAGUCUUGCUCAAUUAGUAUGAUUUCAAAUUUAAUUGGUUGUUCCAGACCCUGUCUGGCAGAUUGAGACCUUGCCUCCUUUCUUAACCUCAAUGGCUUGGCAGAUGAUAACAUACAUCCCACUCAGGCCGGCACAAUAUGCACAAAAUAAUAUACAAGAUUGAAUUGCAAAUAAAUUGAUUUAAUAUAAUAUCUAUUUUUAAUUUUAGACAAAAUCAUAUUGUAUAUAUUUAGUUGAUUAUUAUACAUAUAGGUUCCUAUUGACCAUUUGUAGA